AUGGUCAAGACCUCAGUCCUCAACGAUGCCCUUAAGAGCAUCAACAAUGCUGAGAAAGCCGGCAAGCGACAAGUCUUGAUCCGACCCAGCUCAAAGGUCAUCAUCAAAUUCCUGUCCGUCAUGCAGAAGCACGGCUACAUCGGAGAAUUCGAAGAAGUUGACGACCACCGUAGCGGCAAGGUCGUCAUCCAGCUCAACGGCCGUCUCAACAAGACUGGCGUCAUCUCUCCACGCUACAACGUCCAACUCCGCGAUCUUGAGAAGUGGGUGGUCAAGCUGUUGCCGUCUCGUCAAUUCGGCUACAUCGUCCUGACGACCAGCGCUGGCAUCAUGGACCACGAAGAAGCCAGGCGCAAGCAUGUUGCUGGCAAGGUCAUUGGAUUCUUCUACUAG